UCAGUGAAAAAGAUCCAGGUAGUUAAGGGCCUUGAGGAUAUAACAGUGUCUGAGACAGAAUCCUGCUCAUUUGAGGUAGCCCUUAGCCAUGCAUAUGUGCAGGGCCUAUGGACCAAGGAUGGAGUCAGGUUCAAAUCAAAGCCUACCUGCCGUAUUGGUGCACAGGGAAAAAGGCACACUCUCACCCUGACACGGGUCACUCUGGCUGACAUGGGCUUGAUCUGCUUCCAGGCUGAUGGGAUUCAAACCUCUGCUACUCUCACUGUCAUAGCCAGAGACAUAAAGAUCUUGAAAGAACUGUCUCAUGUAUGUGUAACUGAAAAGGAGAGUGCAACAUUUGUGUGUGAGGUCAACUUUGAUGAUGUCGAUGGAAAAUGGUACAGGAACGAUAGCAGACUAAAAAAUGGGGACACUAUUAAAUUCAGAAAAGAGGGGAAAACUCAUUCGCUGACCUUCAAGGCUGUCAAACCUGAAGAUGCUGGUGAAAUCAGAUUCACAGCAGAGCGGGUUUCCUCAACAGCAAUGUUAAGAGUGGAAGAACUCCCAGUUCAGAUAGUGAAGCCCCUCAAGGUUAAGAUUGCCAUGUACAAACAUCGUGCCCUGCUGGAAUGCCAGGUCUCCCGUGCAAAUGCAGAAGUGACAUGGUACAAAAAUAGACGUGAAAUCAUGCCCAACAGGAAGUACCAAGUGCACAGUGAUGGAGUCUAUAGGCAGCUCACUAUUGAUGAUGUAGGCUCAUCUGAUGAGGACAUCUUCACCUGCGAUGCUGUUGAUGAUAAAACAUCCUGCCAACUACUGGUGGAGGAGCAGGCCAUCAGUAUUGUGCAUGGGUUGAAGUCAGUGGAGGUCAUGGAGCCUAGCCCGGCCCGUUUCCAGGUGCACACCAGCAUCAAGUGUGAGAGACCACCAAAGUGGACUCUGAAUGGGGAACUCCUGAUUCCCAGUCAGGAGGUCAGGAUUGAGAGGGAAGGAACUCUGCACCGACUCACCUUUACCAACACCAACAGUAACAUGUGUGGAACGGUGCAGUUCACUUCUGGCAAAAGUAAGUCAACUGCACAACUAACGGUUACAGAGCGUCCAUUGGUGGUUGUCCAGCCCAUUGUGGAUGUGGAGGCCAAAGAGAACAGCUCAGUUAUUCUGAGCUGUGGGUUUGCCCCCUCACCUAGAGUGGUACGUUGGUUCAAAGGUAGAACCCUCUUACAGAACUCGAGCAAGUACAUCAUGAAGCAGGAGAAGAACAGUGCUCAGAUGACCAUCCAGGGCCUAAAGGCAGCUGAUUCUGGAGAGUACAGCUGUGUAGCUGGGGGGUCAGAAAGCAAGGGCAGGGUCAGUGUGGAAGUAAAAAGACUGAAGAUAGUAAGGCACCUGGACCAUGUGGAAGUGGAAGAAGAUGGCACAGCAGUGUUUACAUGUGAACUGAACCAUGAGUCUCCCAGUGUUCAGUGGCUUCUCAAUGAUAAAGUGCUUCACACUAAUCACAUCAAUAAGAUCCAGAGCAAUGGAAAGGUGCAUAGCCUCAUCCUCAAACGCUUGCUCCCUCAGGAGAGCAGAAUUACCUUCAAAACCAUUGGGCUCAGUGAGUCCACUUUUCUUAGGGUCAAAGAAAGACCAGCUGUAUUCCUCCGGUCUUUGGAGGAUGUGGUGGGGGAAGAACGUGGUAAAGCCUGCUUACAAUGUGAAGUCUCUAAAUCCAAUGUAUCCCCCAUUUGGAGGAAAGAUGGUACAGUCCUGAAAGCCACUGACAAGCUUGAGCUUCUCCACAUGGGAAAGUCCCUGGCCCUGAUCAUUCAUAAACUUAGCAAAGAUGAUGCAGGAGAAUAUACCUGUGAUCUGGGAACCAGCCAGACUAAGGCCAAACUCACUGUUCGUGACCUGCAUAUCACUAUUACUAAGCGCCUGAGGACAACAACUGUCCUUGAGGGGGAGGACUGCACUUUUGAGUGUGUAGUGUCUCAUGAGCUCAUUGACGAGGCUUUAUGGACCUUGAACAAUCAACCUGUUAUCAGCAAUGGCCGGAUUUUUGUUGCCAGUAAGGGUCGUAGAUACAUAAUGAUCAUCCAAGAUGUGAUUGUGUCUGAUGCCGGGGAAGUUGUAUUCACCAUAAAAGAACUAAGCUGUAGGACCAUGCUAUUCGUCAAAGAAAAGCCUGUGAGGGUGUUCAGGGAUAUGCUAAAUGUUAAGGCAACUCCAGGAGAGGAUGCAGAGCUUAGCUGUGAGAUAACAAAGCCUGAGGCUACAGUAAAGUGGCUAAAAAAUGGACGCUUCAUAAGAGUGAGCCCAAAGUUUGAAAUCAGCCAAAAGAACCACCUGGUAAGACUGAUUGUCCACAAUGCAACAGUCAUGGACUCUGGAGAGUACUGCUGUGAGGCAGAUGGGAUUGCCACCAGAGCAAGGUUAGAAGUUAGAGAUCUACAGCACACAUUCGCCAAGGAGCUACGGGAUGUCUGUGCAGAGGAGAAGAGCAUGGUGAUUCUGGAGUGUGAGACUAGGCGGCCAGCCACAAAAGUGACCUGGCUGAAGGGUAUGGUGGUUCUCAGUGCUGGCAAGAAAUAUUUGAUGAAGCAGAAGGGAGUUGUUCUCUCGCUCACCAUCUUCAGUUUGGAACGGAACGACAGUGAUGUCUACACCUGUGAUGUGGGAACGAUGCAGAGCAGGGCCUUACUCACAGUACAUGGGCAGAAAGUAAUCAUUCUGGAUGAACUUGAGGACAUCGAGUGUUUAGAGAGGGACACAGCAAUCUUCAAGUGCAGAAUAUGUCCAAGUGACUACACUGAUGUUAAAUGGUAUCUUGAUGAGACCCAGCUCUACAUCAAUGACCUUAAUGAGAUCAAAAUGAUUCCAGGAGGAUACCAUACCCUUACCAUCAAACAUCUGGAACGCAAAGACACUGGCACCAUCACCUUUGAAGCUGGAGACAAGAGAUCUUAUGCCUCACUAUUAGUCAGAGAGAGACGCCCCACAAUUGUCAAAGCACUGGAGGACACAGAGGCAAUUGAAGGAGGCAGUUUAGUACUGACAUGCAAGACCUCCAAGCCAUGCCACAUCGUGUGGUAUAAAGAUGGGUGCUUAGUAUGGUGUUCCUCUAAGUUCUUUGCAAGUCGCUCAGGAAAUGAAGCAAAACUGACUAUCCAUGAUAUCAGAGAGUCUGAUGCAGGAGUAUAUGAGUGCGACGCAGGGUCAGUGAGUACCAAGGCUACUGUCACAGUUAAAGCUGUACCUGCUGAGUUUACUAGAAAGCUCCAGAAUCAGGAUGCAAAAGAGGAUGAGAGUGUGACAUUGGCUUGUGAAUUCUCCAUACCUGGAAUUCCAUUCAUAUGGAGAAGAGGAGCAGAAACACUGAGAUGUGGUGAGAAGUAUCAAAUGAAACAGAGGAAGUCUUACAUCUCUCUUACGAUCAACAAUUUGAAGCCGGAGGAUACGGGAAACUACACUUGCAUUUGCCGGGACCAAAGAACAAUGGGCACAGUCACAGUCCAUGCUUCACCUAUAACCUUCAUAAAAGAGCUGAAGAAUCAAGAGGCUGAGGAAGGGAAGAACGUGACACUACGUUGUGAGCUCUCCAAAGCUGGAGCUCCAGUGGAGUGGUGGAAAGGAGAGGAACUGCUGAAGUCUGGGGAAAAGUAUCAGAUGAGGCAAGUAGUAUCUAUAAUGGAGCUGAUUAUCAGGAAUGCACUGCCUGAGGACAGUGGCAUCUAUCGCUGUGUGUGCGGAGAACAGAGAACCUCAGCUACCAUCAAAGUGAAAGCUCAGCCCAUUACUUUCACACAAAAACUAAAAAACCAAGUUGGAGAAGAGGGUAAUAGUAUCACCCUCCGUUGUGAGCUUUCAAAAACUGGAGCUCCUGUGGAAUGGAGAAAAGGAGAGGAGGUGCUCAAAUCUGGAGAAAAGUAUCAGAUGAGACAAAGAGACUCUGUUUUGGAACUGAAGAUCUUCGACCUGAGACGUGAGGACAACGGGGUCUACAGCUGUUCAUGUGGCAGUCUUAAAACAGGAGCCAGUCUUACAGUUAUCAGUCAACCUGUGACAUUUAAGGAAAGGCUGAAGAACCAGGUGGUAGAAGAGGGUAAGACUGUGACCCUGUGCUGUGAACUCUCCAAAGCUGGUGUUCUUGUGGAGUGGUGGAAUGGAGAGGAGCAGUUACAGUCUGGAGAAAAAUAUCAGAUGAGGCAGAGGGGUUCGACAGUCGAGCUGAUUAUUAGUGAAGUAGUUCCAGAGGACAGUGGAAUAUACAGAUGUGUAUAUGGAGAUCAGAAGACCAAAGCCACCAUUAAAGUUGUUGGUGUGCCUGCCACGUUCAAACAAAAUUUGAAGAAUCAGGAAGCCUUAGAGGGAAAUAAUGUGAUCCUACGCUGUGAGCUCUCUAAAACUAGAGUUCCAGUGGAAUGGUGGAAGGGUGACGAGCAGCUCAUACCUGGAGGAAAGUACGAGAUGAGACAGAGUAGAACGAGUGCAGAGAUGGAAAUUAAGAAUGUUGUCCCAGAGGAUGGUGGAGUGUACAGCUGUGUCACAGGAAACCAAAGGACUACAGCUGAAAUUAAAGUUAAGGGUCUUCCAGUAACAUUCAAACAAGAACUCCAGGAUCAGAUAUCCAAAGAGGGGGGUAGUGCAGUGUUUAGCUGUGAGCUGUCCAAACCUGGGGCCCCUGUUGAAUGGAGGAAAGGAAGAGUAAUUCUGGGGUCUGGAGAAAAAUAUGAGAUGAGACAAGAUGGCAAGUUUACUAAACUUGUGAUACAUGACAUUGGAGAAGACGACUCUGGAAAAUAUUCAUGUAAAAGCAAGGAUGCACAGUCCACUGCUGAACUUACAGUAGAGGCACUCCCCGCCACUUUUAAACAAAUGCUGAACGGCCAGAAAACUGAGGAGGGUAACAGCAUAAAUUUACGCUGUGUGCUGUCGAAAGCUGGCGUUCGUGUAGAGUGGCGAAAAGGAGAGGAAAUACUAAGAUCUGGGGAAAAGUAUCAGCUGAGGCAGAAGGAUGCAUCUGCAGAGCUGUUCAUUAGAAAAGCAUUGCCUGAAGAUAGUGGAGUGUAUAGCUGUGUGUGUGGAGACCAGAAGACUGAAGCCACCGUAAAAGUCGAUGCUCUCCCUGUCACUUUCAAACAAGAACUGAAGAACCAAGAGGUUCAAGAGGGAAACAGUGUCACCUUACGCUGUGAGCUUUCAAAGGCAGGAGUAGCAGUUGACUGGUACAAGGGAGAGGAACUUCUCAACUCUGGAGAGAAGUAUCAGAUGAGACAAAUGGGAGCUAAGAUGGAACUGGUUAUUAGAAAGGCAACCCCUGAGGAUAGUGGAGCCUACAGUUGUGUGUUCACAGACCAGAAGACUGAAGCCACCAUCAAAAUCAAUGCUCUCCCUGUGACUUUCAAACAAAAUCUGAGGAGCCAAGAAGUUGUCGAAGGCAACUCUGUCACUUUGCGCUGUGAACUUUCCAAACCGGGAGCUGUAGUAAAGUGGUGGAAGGGCCAAGAGGCUCUGAGGCUUGAUGAAAAGUACCAGAUGAGAACUGAAGGAAGAACUGCUGAAAUGCUCAUUAAGUACUUGUCACUGGAGGACACUGGGAAGUACUGCUGUACCGUUGGAGACCAAAAGACAACUGCUGAAGUCAAAGUGAAAGCUCUUCCUGUCACAUUCAAACGAGAGCUCCAAAACCAGGUAUCCAAAGAGGGUAGCAGUGCAGAGUUUUGCUGCGAGCUCUCUAAACCUGGAGCUCCAGUUGAGUGGAGGAAAGGAAGAGUUGUUCUGAAGUCCGGGGACAAAUACGAAAUGAGGCAAGAGGGUAAAUUCACCAAACUUGUAAUACAGAACGUCGAAGAAAGUGACUCAGGAAAGUAUACCUGUAAAAGUAAGGAUUCUGAAUCCACUGCAGAUCUCACUGUCAAGGUUCCACCUAUCACCUUCAAAGUCAAGCUGAAGAACCAAGAGGUGGAAGAGGAGAACACUAUCAGCUUACUCUGUGAGCUCUCUAAGGCUGGAGUGCCAGUGGAAUGGAGAAAAGGUGAGGAGCUUCUCAAGCCUGGAGUGAAGUAUCAGAUGAAGCAAAGGGAUGCGACAAUGGAGCUGAUUAUUAAGAGAGCCAUGCCAGAGGACAGUGGGAUCUAUAGCUGUGUUUGUGGAGAUCAGAAGACUAAAGCCACCAUCAAAGUGACUGCUACACCAGUGACAUUCAAGCAAAAUCUGAAGAACCAAGAGGCACCUGAGGGCGGUGUUGUAGUCCUGCGCUGUGAGCUUUCUAAAGCUGGGGUUCCAGUGGACUGGUUGAAAGGUGAAGAAUCACUUGCCUCUGGUGGCAAAUACCUAAUAAAACAGGAGGGACAGAUUGCUGAGUUAAAAAUAAAGAAUGUUCUUCCUAAAGAUGUUGGGGAAUACAGCUGUGUAAUUGGAGAUCAAAAGACCACUGCUGAAGUGAAUGUACGAGCUGCUCCCUCUGUGUACUUUGAGAAGGAACUGGAAAAUCAGGAGAUGACUGAGGGCAACUCUGUCCUCUUCAGUUGCCUGCUCUCCAGCCCCAAUGUCCCAGUGACGUGGAGGAAAGACUCAAAUCUAAUCACACAGGGUGGACGAUUUACCUUGCAGCAGAAAGGCUCAACUCAGCAGCUAGAGAUCAGAAGUGUGACAGCAGAGGAUGCUGGUGUGUACACUUGCAGCACAAGGGGCAAGAAGACUUCGGCAACACUCAAAGUCAUAGAGCGAGUGAGGAUUGUGAGAGGACUAAGGGACAUCACAGUUACAGCAGGGGAGGAUGCCCACUUUGUAUGUGAACUAUCACAUGAGGAUAUCAAAGAUGGAGUGUGGUGGCUUGGCUCCAGCAUCCUGCAGAAGAAUGAGAUGAAUCAAAUGAGCUGUCGAGGAUGUGAACAUCACCUGAUCCUCACCAUGACCACUGCAGAAGAGUCAGGAGUGGUCACUUUCACAGUGGGUGAAGAAAAGACAUCUGCCCGUCUACGAGUCAUGAGCAAACCCAAAGUGUUGAUUGAGGAGAAAUUGAAGGACACUGUCAUUUAUGAAGGUGAGACAGCCACCUUGUGCUGCAUCACCUCUGAUGACCGAACCCCUGUUACUUGGAAAAGGAACAAUGUGACUCUCUUGGCUGGCGAGAAGUUUGAGCCACGUAAAGAGGGGAAGCGCAACCUUCUCCUGAUUCAUAGUGUAGGAAAAGAGGAUGCUGGGCUGUAUAUGUGUGAUACAGGAGAUAUGCAGUGUAGUGCUGCCCUUACUGUCAAAGAACAUCCUCCAUUCUUCUGUGAGGAGCUCCAAAGCCAGGACAGAGAAGAGGGUGAAUCUGCCUUCAUGAGAUGUGCGCUCUCGAAACCUCCCGUUCAAGUACAGUGGAAGAAAGGGAUGGUGUUUCUGAAACCUGGGAAAAAAUAUGAGAUGACACAGGAGGGUUGUGAACUUCAGCUUCAAAUUCAUGAUCUUAACAUUCAGGACACUGGUGUUUACAAAUGCUGUGCGGAUGGCCUGGAGACAGCAGCUUCUAUUGUCGUUAAGGGUAUGCAUGUCUUACUGCGCUCUAUCAUAUGGCUCUGUUUCGCAAUAAUGAUUCAAAAGCAUUAUGGGUGUUGUGAGAGCAAAAUAAUAUUUCCUACUUAAUAUUCAGAGAUCAUUCAUCCAGUUCUAGUAACAGAGUAAGACCUUAACAUAUUGUUUCAAUGUGUAGAUUUACUUUGUAUAUAUUUAAUUAGGAUUUGUUACUGGGCUCUAGAGAUUUUGCAUAGUUCACUUUUUUUUCCAGAGCAACCCUUGUUUUUCUGUGAGAAGCUCCAAAGCCAGGAGUUUGAAGAGGGUGAAAGUGCUUUUCUGUGUUGUGAGCUCUCAAAACCCGGAGUUGCAGUGCAGUGGAGGAAAGGAGCAGUACUGCUGAAACCUGGCGAGAAAUAUAAGAUGAAGCAGGAGGGUUGUGAAUUACAGCUUCAAAUCCACAAUCUGAGUUGUCAAGAUAGUGGUGUGUAUAAAUGCUGCGCGGGGGACCUGGAGACAACAGCGUCUAUUACAGUAAAAGAGCAACCUCUCUUCUUCCGAGAAGAGCUUCAGAGCCAACAGGUAGAGGAGGGCGGGGCUGCUUUCCUAUGCUGUGAGCUGUCGAAACCUGGAGUUGUGGUGCAAUGGAAGAAAGGAGCAUUGCUACUGAAGCCAGGGAAGAAGUAUGAGAUGAAACAGGAGGGCUGUGGACUUCAACUUCAAAUCCAUGAUCUUACCAGUCAGGAUAGUGGUGUUUACAAAUGCUGUGUUGGUAGGCUGGUCACUACAGCUUCAGUUAAAGUCAAAGAGCAACAACUUUUCUUCUGCAAAGAUCUCCAAAGCCAAGAGAUAGAGGAGGGUAAAACCGCCUCCCUGUGCUGUGCACUUUCUAAAGCUGGAGUUCCUGCCCAGUGGAAGAAAGGAACAUUGCUUCUAAAGCCUGGGAAGAAAUAUGAAAUGAAGCAGGACGGCUCUGAGCUUCAACUUCUGAUCCAUGAUCUGAGCAGUCAAGACAGUGGUGUCUAUAAAUGUUGUGCAAGUGGUCAGGUAUCCACAGCAUCUAUUGUAGUGAAAGAGAAACCUAUGUUCUUCCAGAGAGAGCUCCAGAGCCUGGAGCUUGACGAGGGUGAGAGUGCUCUCCUGUGCUGUGAGAUCUCAAAACCUGGAGCUGCAGUGCAGUGGAAGAAAGGAUCGGUGCUACUGAAGCCUGGCAAAAAGUAUGAGAUGAAGCAGGAGGGUUGUGAACUUCAGCUUCAAAUUUAUGAUCUGAAUAGUCAGGACAGUGGUGUUUAUAAAUGCUGUGCUGAGAGUCUGGAGACAACAGCUUCUAUUACUGUGAAAGAGCAACCCACAUUCUUCCGAAAGGAUCUCCAAAGCCAGGAAUUUAAUGAGGGCGAAAGUGCUUUCCUGCGCUGUGAGAUUUCAAAACCUGGAGGUGCAGUGCAGUGGAAGAAAGGAUCAGUGCCACUGAGGCCUGGCAAAAAGUAUGAGAUGAAGCAGGAGGGUUGUGAACUUCAGCUUCAAAUCCAUGAUCUGAAUAGUCAGGACAGUGGCGUUUAUAAAUGCUGUAUUGGUGGCCUAGAGACAACAGCUUCUAUUGCCAUUAAAGAGGAACCAUUGGUCUUCUCUAAGGAGCUUCAGCAUCAGGAGGUUGAGGAGGGUGAAAGUGCCUUACUUCACUGUGAGAUCUCAAAACCUGGAGUUGCAGUGCAGUGGAAGAAAGGUGCAGAACUGCUGAAGCCUGGCAAGAAGUAUGCAAUGAUGCAGGAUGGCUGUGAACUUCAUCUUCAAAUUUAUGACCUUAAUAUUCAGGACAGUGGUGUUUACAAAUGCUGUGCAGUUGGACAGGAAACGACAGCAUCGGUAGUAGUGCAAGCUCCACCAAGAAGCAAAAGUAUUCCCCUGGUACCACCCCGUUCCAAAGGAAAGAUUUCAAAGUCCAGGUCCAUUUCUGAUGAACAGGACAUUGAUUCUGAAUCAAGGAAACAGGCUCUGACCAUGGAACCAGCGGUGCAGACCAUGACAGAGGCUAAAGAGGGUAAAAAACUGCACCUUGAAGAGAAAAAAAUGAAUGAAAUUGAGAUCAGGAAGAAAACCAUAGUGAGACAAAAUGUGAGUGAUGAAACAGUCAAGGUGCCGAGUGAAUCUAGUCUGCUCCCAUCUCCUGCCCCAGAUCCAGGAGACCAAAAAAGCAUUAAGCCAGUUCCUCAAACAGUAACACAUAAAGAGGCACAUAAAAACCUUACCAUCCAGCCUGAGGGGGUGAUCACAGAGGAUAUUGACCAUAGUGCUCCAAAAAUGGAUGUAAACUACCAGAAAAGAAGGAUGUCAGUCACUCGAGAGGGAGAAAUACCAGAGUUGUCCACCGAGCACAGCAAACAAGCUAAAGAUCAAAUAAUAGCAGCUGAUGUUGAGCAGAAAGCUCCUUGCAUGGACACAAGUGCCCCUAAGGCUCCACCCCGCUCUAAAGGGAAGAUAUCACAGCCCAGUGCCCCUCAUGGAAAACAAACCCCUGUUUUUGAGUCAAAGAAGGAAUAUGUAAUCUGGGAACCAUCUGUUAACACCAUCUCAGAGGCAUUGGAGGUGGACAGUUUGGAACUCGCUGAGAAGAAAACUGAGGAAAUUGAGCACAAGAGAGCAUUAGAAGCGCAAACUGUGACAGGUUAUGACAAGCCAAAUAUGGCAAGUGACAGAAAUCAGAAAAGUAGAAAAGAGGAGGAAUUAUUUAGUGGGGUUCUUUCCCCUGAGAUCACGGUUUCAAGUGACUUGAAAAACAAGGAAAAGGCCGUCCAUGAAGGAGAAAUUGCCAAUAAAUUCGCUAACAUCACCAGCACAACCAAGGAUAAGAUGCCACAGUAUGCUGAGCAGAACAUUUCAAACAGGGAUGUAGAAGAUCAGGAAAACAGGAAGGAAGAGAUUCAUAAAGAUGAAGUUCCAGAAAUAGAAACCAACCUCACCAAUCAACAUAAAGACGAGAUGACAGAGGAUAUUGAGCAGAGAGUCACAGGUAUGGAUUUAAGUGUAAAGGAUGAGCCAGUUACACAAGGAGUAAAACAUGGGGAGACACAUAAAAUUGACACCAUUCAACCUGAGGGGGCAGUCACAGAGGAUAUUGAUCACAGUGCUCCAAAAAUGGAUGUUAACUACCAGAAAAGAAAAGCAUCCGUCCUUGAGGGAACAGUUCCAAAGUUGUCCACCAAGUACAGGACACAAGCUCAAGAGCAGAUACUAACAGGUGAUGAUGAGCAGGGAGCUGCAUGCAUGGACACAAGUGUCCCUAUAGAAGUGAUGCCUGAGGAUACUGAACAGAAAGUCACAGGUAUGGAUCUAAGUGUGCAGGAAGAGUCAGAAAUGCUUGAGGCAGCCAUCAAGAUCCAGGCUGCCUUCAAGGGUUACAAAACCCGCAAGGACAUGCGGCCCGUCUUUAAGCAGGUUUUCAAGAACCAGACGGUUGGGAUCAAUGGCACUAUUCGUCUUGAGUGCAUUGUGGGGGGUAAGGUCAGUUUGGUGUGCUGGCUGAAGGAUGGUGAAGAGAUAAAGCCUGGGAAACAAUAUCACUUCAGCUACAAUGAAGAUGGUAGGUGCAUACUUGUAAUCACCAAUGCUACUACCAAAGACACAGGGGUCUACACGUGUAAAGUGGACAACAAGUUUGGCACCAUUAGCUACAAUGGGAAUGUAACAGUCAAAUCUUCCCAGGAACCAUCAGUUCAGAGCUCACAGAAACUAACACCAGACUCUGUCUCUGAGAAUGAGACAGUUCUGAAAUCAGACCUUGAAGGAGAGGCUCUGCGGCUGGUCUACAAUCUACCUGUGGAUGACACUUAUAGCAUGAUCCAAGAGAAAAGGAAAAGUCUUAUUUCAGCAAGUUCAGUCUCUUGUCCCUCUGAUUAUGACACUGCUCCUGAUGUAGAACCAGGAUAUGUGUCUCGGGAGAAGGGAGUGGAAAAGACAAAAGCUAGCAGUCAUAUUUCAGAAGACCAAAGAAGUGUUGGCCCACUAACAGAAAAGACAGCUGCACAGUUGAAGGUCAAAGGUGUUGAAAUAAUGCCCAGAACGCCUUCUCCCAAACAUCCACACUCCCAUAAGCUAUCUGCCAAAAUAGAGUCCCUAUCUGAGUCAGAUGGUGAUGAGGAAAGAGGAGAGACGUUUGAUAUCUAUGUGACCAAGGCCGACUGCCACCCCACUGGAGCCAACAAAGAAACAUUUGUGCUGAAAGAGGGUCAGUAUGUGGAAGUCCUAGACUCAGCCCAUCCCGUGAGAUGGUUGAUCCGCACCAAACCAAGCAAAACCACCCCUUCCCGUCAAGGAUGGGUAUCUCCGGCUUACCUUGAGAAGAAAACGAAGGAGCUGUUUUCAUUGGCCCAAGAACAAGAGGGAAAAGACACUCCUGACAGAGGAAGGAAAAAGCCAACAAGGAAUGAGUUCUGGGAAAUUGUUAGCCAAUUGAUCAAUGGUCUUCUCGACGGAGAAAAAGAAUUUGUAGAGGAAAUUAGCUUCUUCGUGGGUCACCACCUACAAUACAUCGAGACAGGCUCUCAUGUUCCUCUCACUAUCCUCAGUCAAAAAGAGUACAUAUUCCGCAAUAUCAGAGACAUUGCCAACUUCCACAAAAGGCUUCUUCAACCCAAACUAAGGGAGUGCACCACAGAUGAUGAUGUGGCUAUGUGCUUUGUCAGCCAUGCCUCAGACUUUGAGAUGUAUCUUCAGUACAUGCUGAGUCAGUCACAAGCAGAAGCAUACAUCUCAGAUAAAAACACACAGCAUUUCUUCAAGCAAUAUGUAGACAUUGAACUGAGCCAUCUGAGAUACAGAGUCUGCAGUGUCAGCACCUAUUUACAGAGACCUUUGGAGAGAAUACAAACAUAUAAGACCCUGCUCAAGGAGCUGAUUAGAAACAAAGCUAAAAAUGGCCAGAGUUGUUGUCUGCUCGAAGAUGCCUUUUCAGUUGUGUCCAGCUUGCCCUGGCGUGCAGAUAACUUGCUGCACAUGUCCAUGAUAGAGAACUACCCUGCACCUCUACAAGCACUCGGAGAGCCAGUUCGUCAGGGCACUUUUACUGUUUGGGAAGAUUCUCCUGGAACCAAGUUAUCCCUCAGAGGGCAUCACCGCCAUGUCUUUUUAUUCAAAGACUGUGUCAUUUUCUGCAAAUUAAAGAGAGACCCGAGCACACAUACAGAGGCUUAUAUAUUCAAGACCAAAAUGAAGUUAAGCGAUGUUGAUGUGAAAGACACGGUGGAGGUGGAUGACAGAGCUUUAGGGCUGUGGCAUGAACAUCGGGGCACAGUGAGGAAGAUCACCUUGUUGGCUCGCUCCAUUCUCCUCAAACUGUCCUGGCUGAAAGACUUCAGAGAGAUACAGCAAAACAGCAAGCUCCCUGCCUGGAGCGCUCCAUGCUUUGAACUACCUCUUGCUGACUCUACAACGAAGCUUGGACAGACUGUGAAACUUGCCUGCAAAGUCACUGGAGCUCCAAAACCAGUUGUAAACUGGUACAAAGAUGGUUUUGCGGUGAAGGAUGAUGAACAUCAUAUAAUUUCUGAGGGGAACACUGGUGCCUGCUAUCUUGUCUUGACCAACAGCACCAUAGAAGACUCGGGCCAGUACAUGUGCUAUGCUUCCAACCCCAUGGGCAAUGCCAGCACACUCGCUAAGAUUGUGGUGAAUGUUCCUCCAAGCUUCACAUCUAAACUGCAGAACACCCAGCUGGUGAACGGCCAGGACAUGCAGUUUAGGUGCUCCACAGAAACGACUCCCUUCCCUAGAGUCAGAUGGUUUAAAAAUGGCAAGCAGCUUGAGGAUGGGAAGAAAUAUCAAAUUCAGGGCGAUGUAUUUACUGGAGUUCUUGUGCUCACCAUAAAGAAUUCUGGAGAGGCAGACCUGGGUCAAUAUGAAUGUGAGCUCUGGAAUGAGCAUGGCAGUGCCAAGUGUAAAGCUACGCUGUGCUCUGCAUCCACCACGGUGACGGACACAACCCUGGACCAAUCAGAGCCCACUGCUACCCCAGGUCCACCCUGUGUUCAUGUACCUACAGAGGACCUGUGUAUCAGGCCUGGCCAGCCCGCAACAUUUACUGCCAUCAUCACCGGUCAACCUACACCAGAGAUUCACUGGUAUAAGGAUGGGGUUGAAGUCUUAGCCAGUGAACAUACAGAGGUAGUCCAGAAAGGGGCCCGCUGCUCUCUUACUUUGCUGGGCACGGACUGUGAGGACUCUGGCACCUACACUUGUUCAGCCAAGAACAGCUUAGGACAAGCAUCCUGCCAUGCCCAGCUCACAGUAAACACAGCGAUUGAGUUUUCAUGAUUUUGUCCAGUUUCAGAGGAGCUUGAAGAGGAAAGACAGGUAGAGUUAGGAAAAAGGCGGAAGCUGCACUCUGUCUAUGAUGUCCUUGAGGAGAUCGGAAGAGGCACGUUUGGGUUGGUGAAGAGAGUCACCCAUAAGGCAACUGGAGAGGACUUUGCUGCUAAGUUUCUCCCCCUAAGGAGUAGCACCAGGACGAGGGCAUUCCAGGAGAGAGAUCUGCUGUCUCGCCUGGCCCAUCGCAGGAUCGCCUGUCUAUUAGACGUUUUCUGCACUCGCCGCACACUGGUCCUUGUCAUGGAAAUCUGCUCCAACCAAGGACUGCUUGAUCACUUGUUAUCAAAGGGGUCAGUCAAAGAGAGACAGAUCCAGCUGUAUAUUCAACAAAUACUGGAGGGGAUUGGUUACAUCCACAGCAUGAACAUUCUACACCUGGAUAUCAAGACAGACAACAUUCUCAUGGUAUCUGCUGAGAAAGAGGAGGUCAAAAUUUGUGACUUUGGAUUUUGCCAAGAGAUUGAUAUUUCCCGACACCAGUACAGCAAGUUUGGGACACCAGAAUUUGUGGCCCCUGAGAUUGUUCACCAGGAGCCUGUCACUGCAGCAACUGACAUCUGGUCUGUGGGUGUUGUGGCCUAUUUGUGCCUGACAUGCCAUUGUCCAUUCUUUGGCGAGAAUGACCGAGAGACACUCAGGAGAGUUGCAGAGGGAACACUGUACUGGGACAUCCCUGAGGUCACCAGCAGGAGUAGUGAGGCGCAAGACUUCCUACACAUAGUUUUGCAGCCAGACCCUGAGAUGCGCCCAUCAGCCUCUGAGUGUCUGAGCCACGAAUGGUUUCAGGAUCAGUAUAGAACUCAAGAACCAGAUGAUAUCAACACGAAAAAACUAAAAUCUUUUGUCUUGAGAAGAAAAUGGCAGCGCUCUCUGACCUGUCUGGGCUCUGUGCUGACUCUGAGGUCCAUCCCUGAGCUUCUGGAGGCUCCCUUGUGUGAGAUGUCUGUUACUGCACCAAGAGACACUCAGGAGCCCAGCAGCACCUCCCUCAGCAGUGGCUCCUCCUCAGAGUACGAUGAGGCCGAUGCUUGGGAGUUCUUCCAGCAGUGCAGUCAGGAGGAGGACGACGACUGGGAGGAAGAGGAGGAGGAAGAGGAAGAAGAAGAUGACCCUUAUUCACACAGGGCUCUGUCUCUGACACCUCUUGCAAACGUUAGCAGGGAUCAAGAGGACAUAGAUUUGGGCAGAGACCAAACUCGGAGAGGUGCAGUAAUGUUUCCUGCUGAAAGACAGUCAAGUGAGACGUCUACGCUCUCCCCAGAGCCAGUAACUAGGCAGCUGCAAGACAGCAGCCCAUCUCUGUACCUAUCUGAGGGGGAUGAGGGUUUGACCGGAGAGACCCGCAUCCCCAGAGGCAGCUUGAUUAAGAGUACAUUCUACAGCAGCUCUCAGCAGCUCUCUCCCAUGUCAGCCCGACACAUGAUGCUGCGGGACAAGCUCCAUACAAAGCGUCAGGAUAGGGGCCGCAAGCCCCUGAGAUCCAGCCUCUCAGGCCGUCUCAAUGAGCCCCUCAUAGAGUACGUGGAGGACUCAGCGGAGACGGACAGCAAUCGCAACCAGAGGAGGGGAUCUGUUCAUUCUUCGAUGCUGAAGUCAUGCUCGUUUGAUAGUGGGGUGAGUCUCACCCACUCCAAUAUAAAAACUCAGAGGAGGAGCAGGUCUUUGGAUGAGUACUCACGACGUUCUCCAGGCCAUACUGAGCGUAGAAAACUUGGGGAUGAUGAUCAGGACUUAAGUCAUAGAGAUGAUUUCACAGAUGAAGAGGAAGAGAAAACUCCAGAUAUCUCUUCACGUAAGAUGCCACAACCUAUGGCUGUCCCAGAAAGAACAAGCCCAGUUGUUAUGGCAAGAGUGAAGCCCAGGACUCAUAUGCAUGGUGAGAGAGGACAGCCAAUCGUCUCCAGGCAUCAGAUACAUGAGAGCCACUCACAUGUCAUGGAUGAGGAGGAAAACCCUCAGAUGGAAGAGAACCUGGAUGGCUCUCAGCUCUCUCUUGCAGAAUCUUACGUACUUGAGCAUGGUUCAGAAGCAUCGAGCAGAGCUGGGUCUUUUGAGGAGCUCUCAGGAGUCCUCUCCCACUUGCGGAGACACUGCGAGGAGCUGUAUGAUGACCAAGAGGAGCUGUUGGUUGAGCCAUCCUCUGGAAAGGCAUCACCAUACUCAUUCCUGCAGGGCUCUGAAGAUGAAGAAGAGGAGAGAAUCUUUCAACCCCAGACCGUGAAAGAAUCUCAGGCACCUUCAAGGCGCCAUGACCUCAAGUCGGGAAUAAGCAGUAUAUCCGUGGACAGGGUUGAGGUUCCUUUUAGACGAAGCUCCUCUGCAGUCCCAGAUAAACCUCAGAGACCUGGCUCAGAGGCCAAAGAGAUCCUGCAGCGGCAUGCCUCAGCCCCGGCCUUGCAAGCCAAACCCCCCACAGGGAAAUCUGCCAAAUCUGGACUGAUGAAAAUAUUCCGCAGGCAAUCUUGGACAGGUCAUUCGUACUCCCAACCAGAGAGCCCUGAGAAAAGGAAAACUGAGGGGACAUCUUCACAACCAAGAACUCCUCUCCUGAGCCUGAGGAAGAAGAUGAGAGCCUCAGCCUCCAGCCUCACUAAACUUUUUACCAGACAGUCCAGUAAAGAGGAGAAGAAAGGAGGUCCAAUAGUGAAGAGCACCUCUCCAAUUCCAACAGAGAAAAAAAGCCACACGGCUACCUCGACUUCAGGAACCACAGCUGGAAGCCCACAGAAGAAGACCAAAUUGUUUUCCCUUAAAGUGCCUAUCUUCAAAAAGACAAAAGAGUUGCCACCUCGACCCUCCAGACCAGAUGUCAUUCAGCUGGCAGAUGGUGGAGCUCUUUUGUUGUGGAAACCCAUACCGUCCAGUGACCUAGUGGCUUACUGCAUACAAUACAAUGUUAAUGGAGGGGAGUGGAAAUCACUGUCAGAGAACAUAACAGAUACCUGCUACACAGUCAGCCCCUUACCCAGAGGCCCAGGGUAUGUCUUCAGAGUAUCCUGCAUCACCAAAACAGGCCCUGAAGCUUUCAGUGACCCCUCACUGCCUGUCUUUAUGGGAACAUCUUACGAAGACUCCCACAUUCCUCUCAUUCAAAAGGAAUCGGUUGGGUCAAAGUUCACAGUGCUGAUCGGGCCAGGCCCUCGGAAAGCUUACACUUUCCUCUCCGAGAUCAACAGGGGUCGUUUCAGUGUGGUGAUGCAGUGUCAGGAAGGCAGGAACCAGCAACUGCUGGCUGCAAAGGUGACACCUUUCAAACCCGAGCAGAGGCAGUUGGUACUGAGGGAGUAUCAGCUAUUGCGGAGGCUGAACCACCCCCAUCUGGUGCGCCUCCAUACUGCUGUUCUCACCCCUGAGUGUCUGGUCCUGAUUGAGGAGCUGUGCUCUGGUCGAGAGCUUCUCUACAAUUUAGCGGAAAGGGAUCUGUAUGCUGAGAUGCAUGUGAGUGAGCUGCUGAAGCAGAUUCUGGGUGGAGUGGACUAUCUGCAUAGCCGUCGCAUAGUUCACCUGGACCUCAAAUCAGACAACAUGCUGGUGACUGAUCGUAACAUAGUGAAAAUUGUAGAUUUUGGUUCUGCUCAAACAUUUACCCCAGGACAGACACUGAACAUCGAACACAUCAAAGAACUAACCGAGAACAAAGUUUACAUUGUCCUUCCCAAAGCUCCUGAAAUCUUGGAAGGUCAAGGAGUUGGACCCGAAACAGAUAUCUGGGCUGUUGGUGUUUUAGCUUUUACUAUGCUGAGCGCAGAUAGUCCAUUUCAUGCAGACCUGAACUGGGAGAGGGAUCGCAACAUCAAGAAAGGCAAGAUCCAGUUUGGUCGAUGCUAUCCAGGACUGUCUGAGGGUGCCAUCAACUUUAUGAAAAAUGCCUUGAACUGCAAAGCCUGGGGAAGACCAUCUGCUGCAGAAUGCCUCCAGAAUGCUUGGAUCCAAGGGGAGCGUUCGCCGUCCAGUCACAGAGACUCUGUUGUCUGCUUCUCCACAGACAAGCUACAGGCAUAUCUUAGGGAGAGGGAAGUCAAGCGUAAUCACGUGCGCACCAAAAUAAAACUCCCUUUCUCCUAA